AUGAAAAAGAGGAAGGAAAAAACUUACCAGGCGCCGACAGUGACACAAAGCUCAGGGCGGCAGUGGGACGGUGACAGCAAUGGGACAGAGGAGGGCAGCAAUGGGAUGGUGACAGUGAGUCUUUCACCGGCAGUGAGAGGAGAAGCGGCAGUGGUGACACAGUCUCCGAAGCGAGGGGAGUCGAUUGCUGGAGCUGCUGACGGACGGGGAGGAGUCGUCGGACAGAGGGGAGCUGAAUGUGGGUGGUGGAUUGAGUCGCCGGACGGAGACUGGCGGUGGAAUGACGAAGGUUGUCGCUGGACUUGA